CCCUCUUUAGUUACCAUCAUUCUGCUGCAACAACACUCCCCACUCUAAUUACCAUCUUUCAGCCACAACAACACUCCCCUCUUUAAUUACCAUAUUUCAGCUGCAACAACACUCCUCUAUUCAAUUACCACCUUUCAGCUGCAACACUCCCCUAUUUAAUUACCAUCUUUAAGCUGCAACAACAUUCCCCUAUUUAAUUACCAUCUUUCAGCUGCAACUCCCCUAUUUAAUUACCAUCAUGCAGCUGCAACAACACUCCCCUCUUUAAUUACCAUCCUGCUGCAACCACACUCCCCUCUUUACCAUCAUUAAGCUGCAAUUAUACUCCUCUCUUCAAUUACCAUCUUUCAGCUGCAAUAAGACUCUCCUCUUUAAUUACCAUCCUUCAACUGCAAUAACAUUCCCCUCUUUAGAUACCAUCAUUCAGCUGCAGUGACACUCCGGUCUUUAAUUACCAUCCUUCAGCUGCAAUUGCACUCCUCUCUUUAAUUACCAUCAUUCAGCUGCAAUAACACCCCCCUCUUUAAUUACCAUCCUCCAGCUGCAAAAACAUUCCCCUCUUUAGUUAGCAUCAUUCAGCUGCAGUGACACUCCGCUCUUUAAUCACCAUCUUUCCACUGCAACAACACUCCCCUCUUUAAUUACCAUCCUUUAGCUGCAAUUGCACUCCUCUCUUUAAUUACCAUCAUCCAGCUGCAAUAACACCCCCGUCUUUAAUUACCAUCCUCCAGCUGCAAUAACAUUCCCCUCUUUAAUUACCAUCCUUCAGCUGCAAUAACAUUCCUCUCCUUAGUUACAUUGUUUCCCCGCAAUGACACUCUCCUCUUUAAUUGCAAUAAGUCAGCUGCAAUAACACCCCCUUCUCUCUUGGUACCAUCUUUCAGCUGCAAUGGCACUUGCCUCUUUAAUUACCAUUAUUCAGCUGCAAUAACACAUUUUUCUCUUUAAUGACAAAUGUUCAGCUCUAAUAACACUCCCCUCUUUAAUUACCACCAUUCAGCUGCAAUAACACACCCUUCUCUCUAGGUGCCAUCUUUCAGCUGCAAUAACACUCCCCUUCUCGCUUUGGUUACAACUGUUUAGCUGUAAUAACACUCCCCUCUCUUUAUUAUACAUCAUUCCCCUGCAACAACACUCCCCUUCUCUCUUUAAUUACCAUCAAUUGUCUGCAAUAACACUCAUCUCUUUAAUUAACACUGUUCAGCUGCAGUAACACUAACCCCCUCUUUAAUUACCAACGUCCAGCUGCAACAACACUCCCCUUCUCUCUUUAACAACCACCAUUCGACACUUUUCCUUCUCUUUUGUGUGUGUGUGUGUGUGUGUGUGUGUGUGUGUGUGUGUGUGUGUGUGUGUGUGUGUGUGUGUGUGUGUGUGUGUUUGCUGCAUACUCUGAACAUGUUGGACUGCUGAAGUUUUUGCACUUUAAAAAACAAAUCAAUUUGUAUCACUAUAAUUUUGAGCCAUUUCUAAAAUGUGAAUGUACAUUAUAAUAUUGUUUAAAUGCUAUUUAUUAUUUAUUUUGCCAUGAAAGUGCUAUUGAAAGGUGAUGUUUUGUCAUAAUUACUGCACUGAUUUACUUUUCAACUUUGUGAAGUAGUCCAUAAUUUUUUUUUAACAAAUGUUUUUUUUUUCCCAAAAUUAUUUUUUUUAUUGUCCAAUUUCAAAUGAAAACUGUCAGAAUGAAUGUCAAACUGUAAUAACUUGACUUGCAAAAACAGUAAAUAAUAUAUUUUAAAAAUGUGUUUUCCCUACUUGUUGCCUCGUCGAUGUGCCUUUAAAUGGAAUGUUUAAAUAUAUUUCCUGGUUUGAUUUUAUUAGAUUUUUGUGAUUUUUAAUAAGCUUGUGUUUCAGAUAUUACAAUACUGUACGACCACAUGUGUCUGUGUCUUCUCAUUUUUCACUUCAAAAGCACAACAUGUCUAAAUAUGUCAAUGAAACUGUAUAAUAAAGCAUCCUGUGCAGUUCCAGACGCGUCCAGCAGAGGGAGACGUGAUGGGUGGGCGUUGCCGUCCAGCGACGCUGCAGUUCGGCGUGUCGUCCUCUCCAUCAUCGUGGGUCCGUUUCUGCUCUUCCUAAUCGAGAUGCACGGGUCGUGCGGUGACUGGAUUUCCGUGCAAACAGGAGCCAUGACUAAGUGAUUCUGUCCUUCCUAAAGUCCUACCUAGAACUGAUUCAGAAAUGUGUGAUAGAGUCCAGUCGCUAAGGAAUGACAACCUGCAAGAGGAGGCGCCGGCUGAUGGAAACGCCAACGAUAUCAGGACGGACGGCGGCGGGAGAAUGGGCGGUGGCAGCGCUCCGUCCGACCAGGACAAGGUGGUCAUCUGGGGUACGGACUCCCCGUGUGACGACCCCGAGCUGGCAGAGUUCGAGAUGCUGGAGUGUCAGGAGCUGGAGGCCUGCCUGGUGGAGGACGGAGAGGACUUUGUCGGGCUGCAGGAGCGCAACAAUCCGCCGCCUUUGAGCAGCAGAACCGCAGAAGAACCGGCGACUGAUCAGUCUGAUGGUUUUGCUUCCGCUUCUGUGGACAACAAGGGAAAGACGUGCAAGACAGAAAAUACCCCAAAAAGACGUGAGUCCUGCGUGGAUCUGAAUCUGAACUCCACUGUUUACUCAAAGGAUCCUGAAGCCAAAAAGGAGGAGGAGCACAACAGGAACAAUAACCACUUAAAUAAAGCUUUGAAAGGUGCUUCACCCGUCAAAAACACUAAAAGCAAGAAAAGCACACAAGCAGACGAGCCUUCUGAAGGCAACGCUAGCCCUCGGAAAACCAAAGGAUCUCCGCCCAAAGUUGUCAAGAAACAGGCAUCCUCUGAUACCUCCUUGAAAAAGCAGAACUCCUUUGAGAGAAGCUUGAAAAAGCAGCCCGCGUUUGAGUACACCUUCAAGAAGCAGCUCUCCUUUGAUAACUCCACAAAGAAGCCGCAGAGCUCCUUCGAGAUCGCCUCGCGCUCCUCCAGCCUGGAGAGGAGGAAGCCGUGGGGGAGCCACAGUCGCACGGCGACCCCGUCGUCAUCGCCCAGGAAACAACCUCCUGCCUCUCCGGCCAAGGUGUCCAGUGUCCAAGCGGCCCUUCACGGCUCACCUCAAAGAAAUUCAACGACAAAACCACCUAAGACACACAUGGGCAGUGGGAUCCCCAAACCUGUAGCUCCUGUAGACAUCAAGAGGUCCUCUCCUCCCACUAAGCCCAAAAAUGUCCGUCCAAAAAUCAUCACCUGCAUACGCAAGAAUCCACAAGGAACUGAUCCCCCACUCUCCUAUACUCCGGCUCAUGCAGAGCCAAGGGUUGGACCUUCAUAUAAAAUCUCCUACAGCACCAUAUUUGACAAGUACAGGCAGGAGCUGUCUGGACAUUGUCCUUCUGGGCUGAAACCUUCUAGUCAUCACGAGGACACCCAAUGUCCCCAAGAGCAGCACUACCUUCAAGAUGGAGGAUAUCACUCCCCCAGGGCGGCGAGGCCUCAGCUCGGGUUGUGUGCUGUCACCAGACAACCUGCAGCCAAAGCACGACUUCCACCGACAGGUCAAAGGGAGUCCACAGGAGACCCAAAACGGUCGGGUCCAGAGCUCUCCUCAAGGAAUCUACUGAUCAAAUCGGGACAAACUGGUCUCCGUUCCCCUGGCUUCUCCACGCUACCAAGUGCUCGAAACGCCGCCGUGGGUGUCGCCAGAAGUGUGUCGUCUUUGUCCAGCGGCCAGAUGAACGACAACAAUACCAGCCAGACUUCUCAGCCUUCUCGAAAAGAGACGAAAGACGCGGACAAGUCGUCGCCUAAAACGUGUGCGGGGCUUUCUCCCAAGUCCCAGUCCCCCGCCCGCGGACGCUCGGCGGUGCGAGCGGGCGGCGCUGAGCGGGCGCAGGAAGUGGACCGGGCGCUGAUCAAGCUGCUGAGGGAGCGAUGUGAGCAGCAAGGCCGCCAGCUGCAAAGUCUGCAGGCCCAGCUCAAGAAGGCCUCGCUCUGCAUGGACGUGUUCGCCAUCACCACACAGCAUUUCUGUCACAAGAGUGAGGUUGCUGCUGUGACAGAAGGGGAACUCUCCCAGGAGCUCGCCAGGAUCAGGGAUGAAGUUGCUUUCAGCGUGGCCCACUGGGAGCAGCUGCAGCGAGAGAAGCAGGAACUGGAGUGGCGUUUUGAGGCGGAGCUUGGGGACUUGCGAGCUCAGCAGCAGAGCGAGCUGGGAGCGCUGGAGGAGCGGCUGAGAGUCCAGCACACGGCCGAGACCAGGAGCCUGAGGGCCCUCCAGCGCGCCCAGCUGGGUCACCUGAGGGAGCGGCAGCAGGAGCAGAUGGAGGAGAUGAAUGAAAACCAGCAGGCGUCCAUCAUGGACAUGGAGAGAGCUCACAACCACACUCUGGACACCCUGCAGGAGGAGCAUGCCAGGACUGUGACCAACCUGAAGAUGGCUCACGAGCAGCACAGGAAAUCUAUGGAAGAAGACUUUGAGAAAAUCAGACUCUCAUUACAGGAUCAAGUGGACAUGCUGACCUUCCAGAACAGAAGUCUGAGGGACCGAGCCAAGCGCUUUGAGGAAGCUCUUCGUAAAAGCACUGAUGAGCAAAUAGUGGACGCAUUAGCGCCGUACAAACACAUCGAGGAGGACCUCAAAAGUCUGAAGGACGUGUUGGGGAUGAAAAACCAACAAAUCCAUCAGCAGGAGCUGAAGAUCACCGAGCUGGAGAAAAUACAGGCUGAAAGGAACGUUCAGCUGGAGGAGCGCGUGCAGGUUCUACAGCAGCAGAACGAGGACCUGAUGGAACGCAUCGACAAGAACCUCGCCGUGUCCAGGCAACUGUCGGAGGAGAACGCCAACCUGCAGGUGAACGUGGAGAAGGAGAGCACGGAGAAGAAGCGUCUGAGUCGCACCAACGAGGAGCUGCUGUGGCGUCUCCAGACGGGCGAGCUGAGCCCGCGCAUGUCGCCCAGCUGCUCCCCCGUCCACCGCCCGCCCUCCUCAGGACCCGGCUCACCCGCACGCCCGCACUCCUUCCACCAAUGACCUUCACCCACUUGCUGCCUCCCCCUCUUCACCCUGCAGGUGCACACUUGACUCUUUCUAAAGACGCCCCCUUGUGGUGCAUUUUUGAAUGUGUACAAACGGCACACCUGAACUAAGACUACUAUUUGCACCUACACAUCAACUAAGACUUACACAUGAAUGAAGACUAUUUGUGUUUACACAUGACGAAAGACUAUUAUUUGUGUGUACACAUGAAUAAAGACUAUUAUUUGUGUGUACACAUGAAUAAAGACUAUUUGUGUGUACACAUCAAUAAAGACUAUUGUGUACACAUGAACUAAGACUACUAUUUGCAUGUACACAUGAAUAAAGACUAUUGUGUGUACACAUGACCAAAGACUACUAUUUGUGUGUAUACCAAGUUGUGUACACAUGAACAAAAACUACUAUUUGUGUGUACACAUGAACUAAGACUAUUAAUUGUGUGUACACAUGAACAAAGACUACUAUUUGUGUGUACACAUGAACUAAGACUAUUAAUUGUGUGUACACAUGAACAAAGACUACUAUUUGUGUGUACACAUGACAAAAGACUAUUUGUGUGUACACAUGAACUAAGACUAUUUGUGUUUACUCAUGAAUAAAGACUAUUAUUUGUGUGUACACAUGACGAAAGACUAUUUGUGUUUACACAUGAAUAAAGACUACUAUUUUUGUGUACACAUGAAUAAAGACUAUUUGUGUGUACACAUGAAUAAAGACUACUAUUUGUGUGUACACAUGACAAAAGACUAUUUGUGUGUACACAUGAAUAAAGACUAUUUGUGUUUACACAUGAAUAAAGACUAUUAAUUGUGUGUACACAUGAAUAAAGACUAGUAUUUGUGUGUACACAUGAACAAAGACUAAUAAUUAUGUGUACACAUGAAUAAAGACUAGUAUUUGUGUGUACACAUGAACAAAGACUAAUAAUUUUGUGUACACAUGAAGAAAGACUACUAUUUGUGUGUACACAUGAACAAAGACUACUAUUUGUGUGUACACAUGAACAAAGACUAUUAAUUGUGUGUACACAUGAAGAAAGACUACUAUUAUGUGUGUACACAUGAACAAAGACUACUAUUUGUGUGUACACAUGAACAAAGACUACUAUUAUGUGUGUACACAUGAACAAAGACUACUAUUAUGUGUGUACACAUGAACAAAGACUACUAUUAUGUGUGUACACAUGAACAAAGACUACUAUUAUGUGUGUACACAUGAACAAAGACUACUAUUAUGUGUGUACACAUGAACAAAGACUACUAUUAUGUGUGUACACAUGAAGAAAGACUACUAUUUUGUGUGUACACAUGAACAAAGACUACUAUUUGUGUGUACACAUUGACAAAGACUACUAUUAUGUGUGUACACAUGAACAAAGACUACUAUUUGUGUGUACACAUUGACAAAGACUACUAUUAUGUGUGUACACAUGAACAAAGACUAUUAAUUGUGUGUACACAUGAACAAAGACUACUAUUAUGUGUGUACACAUGAAGAAAGACUACUAUUAUGUGUGUACACAUGAACAAAGACUACUAUUAUGUGUGUACACAUGAACAAAGACUACUAUUUGUGUGUACACAUGAAGAAAGACUACUAUUGUGUGUACACAUGAAGAAAGGUGCCCUGACUGUCAUUUUGCCUUCAUUAGUCAUGGAGUACUCAGGACGAUACUGUACAGAUUUCCAGGUCGAUCAUACGUUGAUAUCAGGACACGAUGGCGUCCAUCUUCUUCCAGCAGCGACCUCCAUCAAGCGUGAUGUUUGUCUGCAGUUCAACAGCACGUGUGUUUACAUGCACGCCAUGUGACCUUCUAUAACGUUCCUGUCUAGAAGAGUUCUGCAGCAAACCAGUGGUAUCCGGUGCCUUGCUCAAGGGCGCCUCAGCCAUGAGUUGUAUCUCGCAGGAAUCGAACUCGAGACGGUUCAAUCGCAGGCCAUAUUUUGAUGUCACGAACACGCGACGUGGUGAAAAGCGUAGAGGCUGGCUACUCAGUACAAUAUGGCGACGCCAACAAUGUAAUAAUCAUAAAUGUUGCACUCUAUUUUCAUUUUGCUAACAUUCUUCCUGCUGCAGCAUUGAAAUCAAAAGUGUUCUGAUGAAUGAAUAAUCAUGCAGGUCAAUAAUUGCUCUCACUUUACUUGAUAUACAGAAACGGGUCAAGCAAUUUCAAUUUAUUAUGACAACUUACUUAUUAGUAUUGUAGAUUAAAUCCUGUUUAAAUGUAGCAGCAAUGAGCUAUCAAU